GAAUAAACUUGUGGAGCGACGGGUUAGUCCUGUGGGAGGAAGCCUGGAGUUAUCUCACUGAUGUUGAGCGGAGGAAACGAGGGAUCCUGAAACAUCUUAGUGUUUCUUCAGUUCUUUCCACUUUGAACGACAGUGACAGGUUAUUCGUAUUCAUUGGUGCGCAUUUGUUCUGCGUUUUGAGACAUUUUAAGUACGGUGCUGAGGUGCUGGAGGAAUUCUUUAUCCUUCUAGUGCGCCUAUAACGGGAGCAGACCAUGGGGGAUAACGCUGGCACCACUCAGGACGGGAGUGCACGGGAAAAGGAGGCGCAUGACGGUCCACCAUUGGGAGGCGGGGGUCCGGCACCACAGGACGGGAGCGCACGGGACUCGAAGCGGCAUGAUGGUCUCCCCUUGAGCGGCAGAGGACCGGGACCCGGACCAGGAGAGACCCACGUUGAGUGCAGCAACAUCCCAAACGGCGACAGUGGCCCCGCCGCCCCCACGCGUCUGUACAAGAGGCGCUGGCUGGUCGUGUUCCUGUUCAGCGCGUACUCCCUGAGCAACGCGUACCAAUGGAUCCAGUACGGCAUCAUCAGCAACAUCCUCAUGAAGUUCUACAGUGUGGACGCCUUCGCGAUAGACUGGCUGUCCAUGGUCUACAUGCUCACCUACAUCCCCUUCAUCUUCCCGGUCACCUGGCUCCUGGAUAAGAAAGGGCUGCGCGUCACGGCGCUGCUGGCCAACGCGCUCAACUGCGCCGGGACGUGGAUCAAGGUGGCCAGCGCCAGGCCCGACCUGUUCGGCGUGACCAUGCUCGGGCAGUUUACCAGUUCCCUGGCCCAGGUCUUCAUCCUCGGGAUGCCCUCCCGCCUGGCGUCGGUGUGGUUCGGCGCGGACGAGGUUUCCACCGCCUGCUCCAUUGGAGUUUUUGGGAAUCAGAUGGGCAUCGCCAUCGGGUUCCUGGUCCCGCCCAUCCUCGUGCCUAAUGUGGACGACAUGGAUGAGCUAGCGCACUACAUCAGGAUCAUGUUCUACAUCAGCGCCGGAGUGGCCACCCUCAUCUUCGUCCUGGUGGUGAUCGUGUUUCAGGAGAAACCAGAGCUCCCUCCCACCCAGUCCCAGGCUCAGGCCCGGAACGUGCACCCGGACGAGUACUCGUACAAGGCUUCCAUCAUGAGGCUGCUGUGCAACAAGCCCUUCAUGCUACUGGUGCUCAGCUACGGCCUGAACGUCGGCUGCUUCUAUGCUGUCUCCACCUUGUUGAACAGGAUGAUCAUCGAACACUAUCCUGGUGAAGAGGUGAAUGCUGGGAGGAUCGGUCUGACCAUUGUCAUUGCCGGCAUGGUGGGGUCCCUCAUUUGUGGCAUUUGGCUGGACAAGACUAAAACCUACAAACAGACCACCUUGUUUGUGUAUCUCCUCACGCUGAUCGGCAUGCUGGUCUACGCCUUCACCCUCAACCUGGGUCACCUGUGGGUGGUGUUUGUCACGGCCGGAGUUUUAGGCUUUUUCAUGACCGGAUAUCUGCCUCUGGGCUUCGAGUUUGCAGUGGAGCUCACCUACCCUGAGUCGGAGGGAACCUCGUCAGGGCUUCUCAACUGUUCCGCUCAGAUCUUUGGAAUCAUCUUCACCAUCUCCCAAGGAAAGAUUAUCGAUAAAUGGGGCACUUUUGGGGGAAACAUCUUCCUGUGCAUCUUCCUCCUAAUAGGAUCAGUAUUGACAGGAUUCAUCAAGGCCGACCUCCGACGGCAGAAGGCCAACCUGCGGGCCGAGGUGCAGCCAGUGAGCCCUACAGGGUCCGAGUCAUCGGCGCAGGACUACGGGGCCACGGCGCGCAGAGGCACCUGGCAACUACAGUCUUGACAUAAACCCACAAGCUCACAAAAACUUAAACACACACCUGCAAAGGUACACACACACUCAGACACACACACACACACUGGAUAUUUUUAAACCAUAUCUUAAAUGUAAAAGAGCCUCUGAAAUGUCAACAUAGACGUAAGCCAUAUUCAAAAUACUUUGUACAACUGAACUGUACUACAUCACACACCAGCGCACGGUCAGUUCUUAUAUUAAACAGGAUCACUGCUGUGACUGUGGAAUAAGUCAUCCUGAUUUUUCAGCUCGUUAUGACGUUUUCACAGUUGUGCGUCUUUUUUUGUCUCUUCAGAACAACAUGAUUUUUGUACUUUCAACAAAUCAACUUCUGUAAAUGAGCUAUAUGUGAUUAACUCACAGUACUUACUGGUAGAUUCUAGUACACUAGGGAUCAUAUUGAUGAAAUGCAAGAAGUGAUUGAGAAGUUGUUAAUUGUUUAACCCUAAAAGUAAAGAAUGAUCAAUCCUGAUGUUCUCGUGUAUCUCUCUGCUCUGCUGACAAUUUGUGUGUUUUUAUGAGAUUCUCAACGACCUCCUUUCACGUCUGUGGUUGUGUCUGUCCUCGUCCUUCACAGAACAUAACAGCUGAUGUGGACGGAGACAUUUCUCCACCUGAAGUCCUGAAACAGAUGAAGUUAUGAAGAGGAUGUCCACUCUGACAACGACAACGUGUACAGAUAAAAACACAAUCAAAUAUUGACUCAACUCAUACACUCGAGUUCACUAGAAGUGUGUGUUUAGAGUGCGUACCUCUACCAAGGCUGACACCCUAACUUGCCAUGUCACAGAAAGUGUAAAAAAACAUUCUGGAUUUCCAAAAAUUGAAUGGCUUCCUCCCGGGGUCAUGUGCCAGCCCUCUAACAAAGUUCCACGGAACUCGAUCCCGUAGUUCUCGAGUCAUCCUGCUGACGAACUAACAACACUGAAACCAUAACCCUCUUGGUGGAGAUGAGACGCUGCCGUGAGGAGGACGGAACACAACUGCUGUACAUUAUUAGUGUGUGAGGACGCUGCACUCUCUCACACUAAUUAUCCCGAACGCAACUUAACUCAAAUUGAAUCAAGCACAAGUCAAUCCUGCAGUGUACUGCAGACAUGCUGUCACACUGACUGGAACAUUACCACACUCCUCAUCUUAUUUAUACUUUUUAAUGUGUCCUCUCCUUUUACGUGUUCUGGUUAAUGUUAAGGUUUUAUGCGUACAAUGAGCAAUAUUUAAAGUGUGUGUCUUUCUUUAUAUUGGACCAAUGCUGUGUGUGACUGAACUCAUCCUUUACAUUGCUAAAUGUUUUCAAUAAGUGUUUUUGUUUUUUAGAAAAUUAAUCUUUACUGUGAUGUGAUAUCCUGCUGCAGCGGUGAGGUUAGCCAUUGCAUCCUCUCUGCCUGUCAGUCUGGAUCACACGGAAGUGUGAACCUCUGAAUCCUACUGAUUAUAGACUUGAUUGAUGCCGUGCAUCAGAGUUCACUUUUAAUGGUCAGUGUUUUUUUCCUUUGAACGAUCUCGACAAGAAGACGUUUGGUGAUGAACAUCCGACACAUUAAAGCAACACUAUGUAACUUUUGCUGAGAAACAGCGCCCUCUGCAGCCACAGAGGGAGAUCACCUCUGUUAGGGUCCAUGUACAAGUGUUGGUUUUUCACGUAGAGAAACAUUCCUGAUAUUUUAAGUUUUCACACUAAAUAUUAAAGAUAAACCGUUUUUUUUAAAAUGACUUCUAGCUCUUUUUAACUGAUCUACAUUUGAUCAUUACUCCUGAACGUGCUACAGGCCACAUUCUGGCAAUUGAAGCUGUGAUCAUUGUAUUAACUAUGAAGACCAUACCGGCUCACUGAAGUCACAGAGUUACACCACUCUCCCUUUUUCAAGUCAGGGAACCAUCAAAACUAAUUUAGAAUUUGCUAUUUUGGGAAAAAUUCUAAAAAGUGUUGCUUUAAGGGUGUCCGCACAGCUGAAAGGAAAAGACAAAUUAAUCAGUUGUCCUGUCAUUUU